AUGACUGAACAACCAAUCAACACCAAAAAGAAGAAUGGGGAUAUUUCUAAAGCCCCUACGCCACAGAACACUCCUGCUAGUGUCACCAACUCCUAUAUGAGAUCCAAACCACCGACGGUGUCCACCAUUCAAGAAUCAAACAAUGAAGAUGGUACUGGUGCUGCUGCUGCUGCUGGAGGUUUAGCAAAUAAUCCAGUAUUAUUAAGUAUGAUUCAAGGUAAAUUAGGAGAUUUAGUUGGUAAACAAUCUGGAUAUAUUGAUAAUUUAUCUAAACCAGUCAAGAAUCGUGUUUAUGGAUUGAAAUCAUUACAAUUAAAUCAAAUGAAAUUGGAAGCACAAUUUCAAAAAGAAUUAUUGGAAUUGGAAAAGAAAUUUUUCGCCAAAUAUCAACCAUUAUAUGUUAAAAGAAAACAAAUCAUUAAUGGUGAAUUGGAACCAACUGUUGAAGAGAUUGAAGAAGGUCAACAAUUAGAAGAAGAAGAAAAGGGAAUAGAUAAAGAAGAUGGGGAAGAAGAAGAAGAGGAGGAAGAAGAUGAUGAAGAAGAAGAUGAACAAGGUAUUCCAGGAUUUUGGUUGACUGCUUUAGAAAAUUUAUCUACAGUAUCUGAAACCAUUACUGAUAGAGAUUCUGAAGUCUUGUCUAAUUUAAUUGAUAUUAGAAUGGAAUAUUUAUCAACACCUGGAUUCCAAUUAAUUUUUGAAUUCAAACCAAAUGAUUUUUUUGAAAAUCAAACUUUGACUAAAACUUAUCAUUAUCAAGCUGAAUUAGGUUACAGUGGAGAUUUUGUAUAUGAUCAUGCUGAUGGUUGUGAAAUUCGUUGGAAACUGAAAGAAAACAAUGUCACUAUAACCAUUGAAAGAAGAAAACAAAGAAAUAAAACUACAAAGCAAACUAGAACCAUUGAAAAAUUGACACCAACUGAAUCAUUUUUCAAUUUCUUUGAUCCUCCAAAACCUCCAAAGAUUAAAUCUGAAGAUGAUGACAAUGAUGAUAAAUUACAAGAUAAAGAAGAGGCUAACGACGAUGAUGAAGGGGAAGAAGGUGAUGAAGAAGAUGAAGAAUUAGAAGCCAGAUUGGAAUUGGAUUACCAAUUGGGUGAAGAAAUUAAAGAUAGGUUGAUUCCUCGUGCUAUUGAUUGGUUUACUGGUGAUGCAGUUGAUUUUGAUUAUCCGGAACUUGAAGGUGAAGGUGAUGAAGAUGAAUAUAGUGAUGAAGAUGGUGAAGGUGAUAGUGAUGAUGAUGAUGAUGACGAUGAUGAAGCUGCUGGUAGUCAAAAGCAACCACCACCAGAAUGUAAACAACAGUAA